AAAAAACAAUUAGAUUUUUAUUUAUUUCAUUUUACAAUUUAACUAUAAAUUUCCUGGAAAAUAUUGUACACUUCAUGAAAUUUAUAAUGUUAAUAUAAAAGUCAUUUCUAUCGACUAUGCAGAAAAACAAGAUCUGUUUUCUAAAAAGUUAAGACAGCGAUAUGAGAAUAAAUAGCUGUUACCUUCUCCGUGUGUCAGUGGUUUUAAUUUAAACUGCCUUACUCAUCCCAAAUCCCAUCAGACACAGAAAAAGACAGCAAGCAAAAGUGGGAUGAAAAUGGAAGGGCAGAGGGUUGGAGAAGAUUGAUCCAGAGAGGGAUGGAGAUGCCUCCAGGCUGAGUGAUGACUUUCCAGGGAAACCCUAAAUGGACGGAGAUGCAGCGAAGAAUUUCCAGAUCUGUAGCUGCCAGGCAGAUCAGAAGGAUGAGACCUCAGGGUGAGAGCUGAUUUUAGAGUUGUGACCAUAUCAGGAGAUGGACGCCCAGAUAUAUAAGACCACGACGACAAUUCUCACCCCAAAUCCUCCUCCUGCGUACCUGGGCCCAGCUUUGGUAAGUAUGAUACUGAAGAUGUCAAGGAGAAAGUCCUUCUACUUCUCUCUUCCUGUUCUAACUUUAUUUCCAUUUUCCAUCCCAGUCCCAGCCUCUCUCUCUCUCUCUCUCUCUCUCUCUGCAGCAGCCUGUGGGUCAGUGGGCCGAGGAUUUGGAGUCUGCAGCAGCAGCAGCAGCAGCCAUGCCGGGCGGAUACAAAGGUGAGUGUGGGGAUGAGGUGGACCCCAUGCCGUUCCUGGUCCCCACAGAGAAGGAGCGGAUGGAUGCUAUGAACAAACCGUACGACAUCAAGCGCUCCUGCUGGGUCAAAGACGAGAAGGAGGCUUUCAUCGCCGGAGAGAUUCAGUCUGAAGAUGGAGACAAAGUCACCGUCAAGACCAAGAGCACGGUGAGACUGAAGUUGUGCAGUAAUGAAUAUAAUGAAAUAUUUGCUGUAACUAUUAUAACAUUGACUGUGAUAAUUCUUUUUUUUUCACUCCCCUGUCAGACUGUGAUUGUGAAGAAGGAUGAUGUUCAACAAAUGAACCCUCCAAAGUUCUACCAAGCCAGCGACAUGGCCAACCUCACGUUCCUGAAUGAGGCCAGUGUCCUGGAGAACCUGCGCGGCCGAUACGUCCACAUGAGGAUCUACACUUACUCUGGCCUCUUCUGUGUGACCAUCAACCCCUACAAAUGGCUGCCCAUCUACGGAGCCAAAGUGGCCCAGAUGUACAAGGGGAAGAAACGCAACGAAGUUCCUCCUCACCUCUUCUCCGUCUCGGACAACGCUUACCACGACAUGAUGAUGGAGCAUGAGAACCAGUCCAUGCUGAUCACUGGAGAAUCUGGUGCCGGCAAGACUGAGAACACCAAGAAGGUCAUCCAGUACUUUGCUAAUGUUGGAGCCUCUGGGAGCAAAGCCUCAGACUCCAAGGGAUCUCUGGAGGACCAGAUCAUUCAGGCUAACCCAGUGCUGGAGGCCUUUGGUAACGCCAAGACGAUCAGGAACAACAACUCCUCCCGUUUUGGAAAGUUCAUUCGCAUCCACUUCGGCCCCACAGCAAAGCUGGCUGGUGCUGAUAUCGAGAGCUAUUUGUUGGAGAAAUCCAGGGUGAUUUCCCAGCAGGCUACGGAGAGAGGUUACCACAUCUUCUACCAGCUCCUCUCUGGAAGGAGGCCAGAACUCAUAGAGGCUCUGCUGCUGAGUCCAGACCCUAAACAGUACGUGUGGGUUUGUCAGGGAGUCACUGUGGUGGACAACAUGGACGAUGGAGAGGAGCUGCAGCUCACUGAUGAGGCCUUUGAUGUCCUGGGCUUCACUUCUGAGGAGAAGAUGAGCGUCUACAAGCUGACUGGAGGCAUAAUGCACUUCGGCAACAUGAAGUUCAAACAGAAGGCCAGAGAGGAACAGGCUGAUGUGGAUUCCACCGAGGUGGCCGACAAAGUUGCCCACCUCAUGGCCAUCAAUUCCGGGGAGCUCCAAAAGGGUAUAACACGUCCCAGAGUCAAAGUUGGCAAUGAAUUUGUGACCAAAGGUCAGAACCAGGACCAGUGUGUGUACUCCAUCGGCGCUCUGGCCAAGGCCAUUUACGACCGCAUGUUCAAGUGGAUGGUGACUCGCAUCAAUAAGACCCUGGACACCAAGAUGCAGCGGCAGUACUUCAUAGGAGUACUGGAUAUUGCCGGGUUUGAGAUCUUUGAGGUAGGAUCGGCUGAGGAAAGAUAUAAAUAUGCUGUCGAAGUAGAAAAAAAGAAAAUCCACACCUUCCAUCUCUCCGUCCAGUUAAACAGCUUUGAGCAGCUCUGCAUCAACUUCACCAACGAGAAGCUGCAGCAGUUCUUCAACCACCACAUGUUUGUGCUGGAGCAGGAGGAGUACAAGAAGGAGGGCAUCGACUGGGUCUUCAUCGACUUUGGUCUGGACCUCCAGGCUUGUAUCGACCUGCUGGAGAAGCCCAUGGGGAUUUUCUCUAUUCUGGAGGAACAGUGUGUGUUUCCAAAGGCGACAGACAUGACCUUCAAGGCAUCGUUGUAUGACAACCACGUGGGCAAGUCCUCCAACUUCCUCAAACCAAAAGGGGGCAGGAAAGGAGCUGAGGUCCACUUUGAGCUGGUCCACUACGCCGGCACCGUGGGCUACAACAUCGUCGGCUGGCUGGAGAAGAACAAAGACCCCCUGAACGAGACAGUGGUGGGACUCUUCCAGAAGUCCUCCAUGCCUCUGCUGGCUCUGCUCUUCAAAGAAGAGGAAGGGGGCGCUACAGGAACCAAGAAGCAGAAGAAAGGCUCCUCGUUCCAAACCGUCUCCAACUUCUACAGGGAACAGUUGAACAAGUUGAUGAGCACACUGAGAAGCACUGCUCCUCACUUUGUCCGCUGCAUUGUGCCCAAUGAGUUCAAAAAGUCAGGAGUUACUGAUAAUCACCUGAUCCUGCACCAGUUGGCCUGUAACGGUGUUCUGGAGGGAAUCCGUAUUUGCCGAAAGGGAUUCCCAAAUAGACUACAGUACCCAGAAUUCAAACAAAGGUACUGUAUCCUCAACCCCAAUGUCAUCCCUAAGGGAUUUGUCGACAACAAAAAGGCGUCCGAGCUCAUCCUGAACUCCAUCGGUCUGGAUAACAUGGAGUACCGCAUUGGCCACACCAAGGUGUUUUUCCGUGCAGGUGUUCUGGCAAAGCUGGAAGACAUGCGCGACGAACGUCUGGCCAAGAUCAUCACUCUGCUGCAGGCUCAACUGAGAGGAACUCUGAUGAGGAUCGAGUUUAAGAAGAUGGUGGACAGACGAAUUGCGCUGAUGGCCAUCCAGCGUAACGUGAGGAAGUUCCUCCAGCUUCGCUACUGGGGCUGGUGGAAACUUUACACUAAGGUCAAGCCCCUGCUCAUGGUUGCUCGUCAGGAGGAGAUCUAUAAGGCCAAGGAGGAGGAGCUGAGGGUGGCACUGGAGAAGGCCAAGGAGCUGGAGGGCAAGAUCAAAGAUCUCGAGGGGAAGAUGUUCACUCUGUCACAGGAGAAGAGUGACUUGUCCCUAGCGUUGGCUGCAGAGCAGGACACGCUGGGGGAUGCCGAGGAACGCUGCACACAGCUGAUGCACCAGAAGGUCCAGCUGGAGGAGUCGGUGCAGGACCUGUGUGAGCGCCUGGAGGAGGAGGAAGGCAACACGGCCUCCCUCCAUGGUCAGAGGAGACAGCUGGAGGGAGAAGUGAACGAGCUGAAGAAAGACCUGGAGUCUCUGGAGUCCACGGUGGCCAAGACGGAGAAGGAGAAACAGGGUCUGGACUACAAGGUGCGGACUCUGACCGGUGACCUGAGCCAGAGGGACGACCAUAUCUCCAAACUGGAGAAGGACAGGAGAGCUCUGGAGGAGCUGCAACAGAAAACUCUGGAGGAACUUCAGACAGAGGAAGACAAAGUCAACCAUCUGACCAAGACCAACAGCAGGCUCAAUGCACAAGUCAAUGAGCUGGAGGACAGCUGGGAGCAGGAGAAGAGGAUCAGAGCAGAGGUGGAAAAAGCACGAAGAAAAGCAGAGGGCGACCUGAAGAUGACUAUAGAGAACCUGAACGAGAUGGAGAACGCCAAGGUCGACCUGGAGGAGGUCAUCAGGAAGAGAGACUUUGAGAUUAACAACAUGAACUCGAAGCUGGAGGACGAACAAGCACUCAGCUCCAUGCUUAGCCGCAAGAUCAAAGAGCAUCAGUGCCACAUCGAGGAGCUGGAGGAGGAACUGGAGGCUGAGCGAGCCAUAAGAGCCAAGGUUGAGAAGCAAAGGGCUGAGCUGUCACGUGAUCUUGAUGAUCUCAGCGACAGGUUGGAGGAGGCCGGAGGAGCCACCGUGGCCCAGAUCGAACAAAACAGGAAGAGAGAGGCAGAGCUGCUGAAGCUGAGGCGCGAGCUGGAGGAGGCCGCGCUCCAGUCUGAGGCCACGGCGGCCGGGCUCAGGAAGAAACACUCGGAUGCCAUGGCAGAGCUGGGAGAGCAGCUGGAGAACCUGACCAGGCUGAAGGUCAAACUGGAGAAGGACAAACUGAGCAUGAAGGCCGAGAUCGAAGAUCUCAACGUCACGGUGGAGGCCACUCAGAAGGCAAAGAUGAACUCUGAUGCCCACGUCCACAAGCUGGAGGACAACCUGUCGGAGGCCAACGCACGCCUGGCUGAGCUGGAGCGCGUUCAGUCUGAUCUCAACUCCGCCAAAAUACAUCUGACUGCGGAGAACAUCGACCUGAGCCGGGAGUUGGAAGAUGUGCAAAGUAGGUUUACGCAGACCAGCAGGCUGAAGGCCUCGCUCAUCCUGCAGGUGGACGAACUCAAGAGACAGGUGGAGGAGGAGAACAAGGGUCGUAACACAGCAGUCGUGUCGCUGGCCAACGCUCGUCAUGACCUCUCUCUGCUCAAAGAGCAGCUGGAGGAGGAGUCAGAAGCCCGCAGCGAACUCCAACGCCUCGUGUCCAAGCUGAAUGCUGACGUCACGUCCUGGAGGAGCAAGUACGAGACCGACGCCAUCCAUCGCACCGAGGAGCUGGAGGAGACCAAGAAAAAACUUGCGGCACGGCUCCAGGAGGCUGAGGAGGCGGCGGAGGCAGCUCAGGCCAGAGCUGCCAGUCUGGAGAAGGUGAAGCAGAGGCUGCAGGGUGAAGUGGAGGACCUCACCAUAGACCUGGAGAAGUCCAACGCCGCAGCAGCGGCUCUGGACAAGAAGCAGCGAGUCUUUGACAAGCUGGCAGCCGAGUGGAGCCAAAAGAACGAGGAGCUGCAACUGGAGCUGGAGACCAGCCAGAAGGAGAGUCGCUCCUACAUGACGGAGCUCUACAAGCUGAGGACGUCGUACGAGGAGAGUCAGGAUCAGAUUGAGAUCGUCCGCAAGGAGAACAAGACCCUCUCAGAGGAGAUCAGGGAGUUGGUGGACCAGCUUGGUGAGGGAGGCCGCAGUUUCCACGAGCUUCAGAAAAUCAAGAAGAAGCUGGAGGUGGAGAAGGAGGAGAUGCAGCUGGCUCUGGAGGAGGCGGAAGCUUCAUUAGAGGUCGAAGAAGGUAAAAUGGUGAGGGUACAGCUGGAGCUGGCCCAGGUCAAGGCCGACAUUGACCGUAGGAUCCAUGAAAAAGAGGAGGAGUUCGAGGUCACCAGGAAGAACCACGCACGUGCAGUGGAGUCGCUGCAGGCCAGUCUGGAGGCAGAGGCCAAAGGUCGAGCCGAGGCCCUGAGGAUGAAGAAGAAGAUGGAAGGAGACAUGAAUGAGAUGGAGAUUCAGCUGGAGCACGCUAACAGGAACAACGCCGAGCUGGUGAAGACCCUGAAAAAACUGCAGCAGCAGAUCAAAGACCUGCAGGUGCAGAUGGACGAGGACGCCCGUCAGCACGACGAGCUGAGGGAGAAGUACAGCCUGCAGGAGCGACGACUGUGCCUCAUGCAGGGGGAGAUGGAGGAGCUGAGGGGAGCGCUGGAGGCCUCCGAGAGGGCACGCAAACAGAUUGAGCAGGAACUGGUGGACACCACGGAGAGGUUCAGUGAGAUCAGCAUGCAGAAUCAAAGUCUGAUCAUCUUCAAACGGAAAAUGGAGGCCGACCUCACACGACUGUCCAGCGAGAACGAGGAGCUGAUCUCAGAGUUCCGUGCUGCAGACGAAAGAGCCAAGAAGGCGGUGACUGACGCGACGCGACUGUGUGAGGAGCUUCGCCAGGAGCAGGACCGCAGCUCCCACCUGGAGAAGGUCAAGAAGAACUACGAGCAGAGCAUCAGAGACCUGACGGUGAAGCUGGAGGAGGCUGAGCAGCAGGCGCUGAAGGCUGGCAAACGCACCAUCCAGAAACUGGAAACCAAGAUCAAGGAGCUGGAGAAUGAGCUGGACCAGGAGCAGAAGCGUCACACGGAGACGGUGAAAAACCUCCGUAAGGGCGAGCGUCGACUCAAAGAGUUGAUCUUCCAGACGGAGGAGGACCACAAGACCAACCAGCGCAUGCAGGAGCUGGUGGAGAAGCUCCAGAACAAGCUGAAGUCCUACAAACAUCAGAUAGAGGAAGCUGAGGAGCAGGCCAACCCCAGCCUGUCCAAGUACAGGAAGCCGGUGCACGAGCUGGACGACGCCGAGGAGCGAGCGGAGAUGGCCGAGAUGGCCCUCAACAAGAUGAGGACCAGGAACCGAGCCUCCACCACCAAAGGCUUCACCUCGGUGGAGAUCGUCCAGGUCACCAAGCCGUCCGGUGGGGGACAGGACGACUGAGGUGGACACACACACUGCUAGCAGAGUGACACACACUCCUCCAGCCCCCCAGUGGACACUUGAUGAAGAUGUGAGCAGAGAAAUCCUGAAGGAAGUCUUAAAGAAGCCCCAAGUCUUAAACAAGUCUUAAACAAGUCUUAAACAUCACUUCUAGUCUUAAUAAUUGAUGAACUAAUGAAUGUCACCAGUUGUUCUGUUUGUUGCUGCACUACGUUUGUCUAGUUUUUUAAAUGUUGCCUGUUGCAGUUUUUAAACGUAUGCUGCGUGGGAUUUAGCACCACCUAGUGGAUGUAAAACAUAAAUAUAAACAGGAAAAACUCACAUCCACUGAAUUAUACACAGCCUUUUAAGAACACGUCGUGUCCAACGUCAUUUUACGUUUGUAUGAAAUAUGUCCAUGUUCUCUGCACCAUCAUCAUGUUUGUGUGGUCAGACUGGAGGGGGCCUGAGGGGGGGGACAAAGCUGUGUUCUCACGUCAACGACAGAGAGCCCACCUGCGUGUGUCGCUCCUGCAUGAGUGUCAAUAAACUACGAGCAAAUGACGGCGUCUCUCUCAUUACUGAUCCUGUUGAUUGGACAGAUUUGACGUCUGUAAAAUCAUUGGUUCACAGAGAGUGAGACAAAAGUGAAACAAAAGUGAAUUACAUCCUUUGUUGGGUUAAAGUUCUGAAGACCACAAAGAAUUGUCACAGCAACUUUAAAAACACCUGGACCUGACUGCAGUCAGAGUAACAGUCAAUCAGAAUUACACACAGAUGGUGUAUUUCUUCUUGUAACCAUGGUAACAGCAUCACUCCUCAAAGCAUCACUCCAGAUAU